CUUGCAGUAGGCGUGGUUCUUCACGCAUGCCAGUGUUUGUAGGUAAGCGGACAGACUUGAUCAGCACUGCAUUCUCCGCGGUUUAGGUUUAGCAGCAGCGUGAGCCAUGUCUUUCUUCUUCAAAGGAGCGGUUACAAGUUCUCCGGUUAAGACCAGGAGGCAGGAGGCUGAAUAUAUUUGUCACAGUCUUGACGUUUCGCACUUUUCUGACUCCUCCUUUGAGUGUUUCUCCACCAAUCCGCUGACAGGCUCCGUGUGCGCAUGCCGCCGAAGCCCCCGCCUACUAGCCAAUGGUUAUUACCUUAUAACAGAGGACAGUUUUACCACAGAUGACGAGGGUAAUGUCACCCUGACUCCCUCACACACCAGCGUCUCAUACAAAGAGAAUCUUGUACGUAUAUUCAGACGAAAGCGUCGAGCCAAAAGAUCACUGGCCAGUCUUCUUAGUGAUGUGAGUCAAUCAUGCCAAUCCUGGCUGGAAGAAAGAGUAUUUAGAAGAUCUGGCCCUAUCACCCCACUCCAGACAUCCUCAUGGGAAGAGUUGGACAACAGCUAUGAGACAAACACACCCAUCAGCUUCACCUAUGAUCCCACAGAUCCUGUUUCCCCCCCUGAUAAAGUGCCUCAGACUCAGCUAGAAGAGGAGGAGCCUCCAUGUGAGUCAUACUCCGCCUAUGAACAAUUCAACCAAUCAGUGAGCGGCCUCCUGGAUGUUCCUCCCCCAUCCAUGUGUCAGCUCAAUAGUUAUAGCUCAUCCAGCAAGACAUCAGAAACUGUGCUUAUGAAAGUCCUUCUCCUCAUCCUUACAUUGUGCCUCUGCAUUGCCAUCUCGUCCGGGUGGCUGCUGGGAGGUGUUUCUGCAGCAGUGGCUUUCAUGGUUCUGCUUUCAUCUAUAUGUAUGUCUAAACCUGGAACCGCAGUGCGCUGGAGGAGAGCAAAGACUGAGGACAUCACCUCCAGAAACGAGUGAGGAGGAACCACACACACACAUUUUUACAUGCUAAGAAAAGCAUACAUUUUUUAAACAGAUGGACAUAUCAAUGCAGAAUGUAAAUGUUUAAGAAUUUGAUCAGUUCUCCUAAAUGAAAGACUGGAUUGCAUUAUGAGGGAUUCUGGGAGUCAGUGGAGAUGCCCUGCAUGACAGCGCAUAGAAGUGAAAUGUGUCAGUCGUGUUUGUAAAGGAAUCAGCUUGGCUUGGUUAGACUCUUCAACAUGGUGACCAGGGCAUUAUGGGUUAUUGCCCAGCUUGUUUAGUCAGAUUAUCAAAUUAUAAAAAAAUAAAGAUUACUGCAAACCCUAGCUUAAUAUAAUAAUAUCAUGGCUUUGCAGGAAAUCUUUAACUUUUGAGAAGUUGUAGCAAAAGAAAUGCCAGUUUAGCUUUGCACAGAUGCCUCAUAUUUGUCAAGUGCCUUUGUUAUAUGAAACAAGAGGAGUGUUAUUGCCAUUUGCCAAGGUUAAAGUCACACAUCCAUGCUGUGUGAUUUAAGAGGGCUGAAAUUUUAAGCACAGUGCUGCUAAAAGAAGCGCAAUAAUUCAAUUUAUUAUAAAAACCUUGCACUAAAAAUAGUAUUUAAAGCUCUUGUUUCACAAGGACUUAAGACAUUUAAACCUUGUUUGCAGAGAAUUAGUGCUGCUAAAGAACAUGUACUCGAUAUACUGUAUAAUAGGUAUAUAAUUUUGUCACAAGGCAACUGCUCUCAGAAAAAGUUAAGCUUAAAUGUAAGUAAAAAGCAGUGUCUGUACUCUGUACAACCAAAAUGAAUGAAUUUAUAUCCUCUAAAGAGAAUUUCUAGUUUUCUGAUAUUUUUAUUAGGAUGAUGAAAACUUUUCUACAAAGAUUCAAAGUUUGUAGACAGUGGAGUUUUCUUUAAGGCAGCUCUGUUUUGAAGAGAACGACGACAUUCAUGAGGAAACAAAAGCAAAGCAAGGAUAACAUGAAGUGUUUCAAAUAGUGGCAUCUCAGUUUUAGAGGUUUAUAACUAGAAAUCUGAACACAAACAUGUUUGAGACCAAGCCAAGGUGAACGAGUGAAUUAUUAAAAUGCAUUUAUCUUAGCAAAUAGCUAUCUAAUGUGUUUAUAUGAACCGUAUUUUGUACUUUGGUGUUUACUGUAAAUGUUUUUGUAGAGCCCAUGAGCACUGAAACAAGAAUGAAUAAUGCUCUAUAAAAUAGUCAGUAUUUACAGUAAAAUGUUUUGUAGAAUAUGUAUCAUUAUUUGUGGGCAAGCACAGAAAUUUUAAAGGAGAGGAAUCUGAAUGGAUUUCUUGCAAACCCGUAGUAUUAAAGGGCUGAUGACGCCACCUAUUGGUUAAGUUAAUUAUAAGUAAUUCUAAGUUAUUAUGUAUUAUUCCACUGCAUGUGAAAGUUAUAUGUGAGAUGUGGUUCAUGUAUAUACACUGUUAAAUAUAAUCUUAAAAGGAAGUGCAUUUAUGUAAUUUGCACAAACAUCAUUUGCUGUGUAAGAAAGUAAUACUUGAGUGAUAGACUUUAAAACAAAUGUGUAUUUUAAGGUUAUUAGUUUUACAGUGUAUUUUGAAGAAAGAAAAUGUAUAAAUUGUCCAUUUUCACCAAUAAAGCAUUAUAUAUAAUA